AUGUUCUUUAAAUUCGCUCUCAUCGUCACUGAGUCUGCUUGCGCUCUCGCUGCCGUUGCCACUCCUACCUCGGGCGAUGGAGGUCUCACUCCGUGCCUAGUCGGAAAUCUCGUGUGCUGCCGGUUUACCUUCCGUAUCGGCGUUGAGGGUUCGUCAACUGCAUUUCCAUUACUGAUGAAUUUUCUUGCCCUCAACAUGUCCUUUGCUGCGACAGUAACAUCAUCAAUGGCAUUGCUUAUACUCAUUGCUACCCCCUGGUUUAAACUUAUAAUUUGCCCAUCUGUCUCUUAG